UUGCUCAAAUCGAUUUUAUCACCUUUACACCCUCAACUUGGAGCUUAGAGGUAUUCCUUUGAGACGAAGGAGUAAGAGAUGUGAGUGUGACAAAUGACAAUAAUUAUAAGUCAACUAAGGAGUGGAUCUCAAAUCUCAAAUCACCCCAUAAUUUAGUCCGUAUUCCUCAAGUUGAGCAAGAAAAAUCAAAACCCAAAAUUUCCAGCAAGGGAAAAUAAAAUACUCCAAAAGUAAAGAAAAAGAAAGAAAACAUGGAAAAUUUGAGGAUGAAGAAUCAAAAAUUCCUAUAAAUUAUAUUGCAUUAGUACUUCAUAAUCCAACUAAAUUGUGUAGUAGAUAGUUAAAGUGUCGGUGGUGGUAAGAGAAGGCCUACUUUCUAGUCUCUAUUAAUCUGCUCCCACCUGCUCUACUUACUUCACUUUCACCACCAUUUUCAUGAUUACAUUUCAAUCUCCAAACCUAUCUUUAUACCAAUCAUCAUCUCAUUAAAUCUCAAUGCUUUUUUACUGAGGUUUGUUUAUUGUUUUUCAUUGGGUUUGUUGAUUUUGUUUGAUUAUUUGGUUUUUAAGGGUUUACUGAUUAGAAAAUGCAGAGAUCUGAGAGAGAUAAUAAAAAGAAGGAAUCUUCAAAUUGGGUUUUAGGUUUUGGGAAUUGGGUAACUAGUAUUAUGGUGGAACCAAGACAAAUUCUUGCUGGUUUUCUUACUGUUACUAUGUUUGUUAUGCUUGCUCAUAUGAUCAAAAGAGAUCAUUUCAGUUCUCAUUCUCAGGUGAGGAUGUCACCAUCACAAACAACUCGAUUUGAAAGAUCCAAAUUUGCAGAAAGCACUGCUGCUUCAGUUGAUAGCAAUGGUUUAUGGAAAGACGAUGCUCCUGAGCUAGAACCUUGUUGGCAAAAACCAAAUUUUGAAGUUGACCCAUCUGAUGGAUAUGUUACUUUCUCCUUAACUGAUGGUCCAGAAUACCAUGUCUCACAGAUUGCAGAUGCUGUGGUAGUGGCCAGAAAUCUUGGUGCAACUCUUGUACUUCCUGACAUCAGGGGAACUAAAUUGGGAGACAAGAGGGAGUUUGACAAUGUUUACGAUGCACACAAAUUUAUAAGUAGCUUGGAUGGAGUGGUUAGGGUAGUGAAGCAACCCCCUUCAAAAAUAUCAAUGAAAAAAAUUGCAGUUGUUAAGGUUCCAAAUCGUGUUACCAAAGAACACAUUGCCGAAAAGAUUGAGCUAGUAUUUCGGGAAAAGGGAAACAUUAGACUAGCUACGUAUUUUCCAUUGGUAAAUAUGAAGAAAGCUAAAGCCGAAGGUGAUAUUGACUCUGUUGCAUGCAUGGCGAUGUUUGGGACAUUAGAUUUGCAACCAGAAGUUCGUGGUGUUGUGGACUCGAUGAUAGAGCGGUUAAGAACAUUGAGUCGGAAGUCAGAUGGUCGCUUUGUCGCUGUGGAUUUGAGGGUUGAUGUUUUAGAAAAGAAGGGUUGCAAAGAUAAAGAGGGUUCCGUAUCCAAGAGUUGUUAUGAUGCAGGAGAAAUCGCUUCGUUUUUAAGAAAAAUUGGUUUCGGAAAGGAUACCACGAUCUAUUUGACCCAAUCAAGAUGGGACAGCAGUCUUGAUGCCCUAAAGGAGUUCUUCCCCAAAACAUACACAAAGGAAGGGAUAAUGCCUAUGGAUAAAAAGGACCAAUUUCUUGAUUCAGAAGCCCCAACCCUGGAAGAGGUUAUCGACUUCUACAUCUGUUCCGAAAGCGAUGUUUUUGUACCAGCCAUCUCUGGUCUAUUUUAUGCCAAUGUUGCCGGGAAGAGAAUCUCUACUGGAAAAACACAGAUUCUCGUUCCAGCCAAUAUACCCGGUGUUUCUGCUUCUCCAGAUAACUUCAUUUCGCAUUACGUCACCAAGAAAAACCACUUGGCUUAUUCAUGUUUCUGCUGAUAGUUUCUCAAAAGAUGCAGAAAAGAAAAACAAAAACAUUGGCCAAAAUACCUUCUACAAUAGUGUUCAGAAUUCUGAUAUACAGUCGAGUCAAACGAUAUGUGUUGGGCGAUUGAUGGCUAAGUAAUUCUUCAUACUCGAAUUCAUGUUCCAGGUAACCUUAGAAAAUGAGCAAAGGUUACACGACCAAUCUUUAGUGAUACAGCUUGUAAUAUAUUUAUCAAGUCGUAUUUUAGUAGAAAUACCUUAUUGUAAACAGUGUGAUUUUCAAAAUGCAAGUUUGUGGCUUAUUUUUCAAUGACAUGCCAGUUCAGUGUAUCGCAAUCGAAAAAAAAAGAAAAUUAGUCAAUUUGGGCUAUUUUGUGCAAA